GUCUGAUCGCCGGGAGUGGUCAGUCUGACUAUCGAGACUGGCAGUGAUGGCGUCGCCCCAGGGAAGUACCCGUGAUGGCCCUAUCAAGAACCUGAGUCGGACCCUAAAUGGAUCUUACCUGAUGGCCUGUGGGAUCGGAGAGGAGGGGGAGCAAGCGGACCCCCCGGAUCACCAGGACUGUGGGUGUUGCGAUCAGGACCGUGGAUGUGGUGUCCAGCGCGCGUACGAGGGGUGUGGUGCCCAGCACGCGUACGUGAACCCACUGGCCUGUGACGACAGCAGUGGGAGCAUUUCUCUGGAGAGCUACUCGGAGGACGAAGACAGUGUUGCUGCUGCCCAGACCUCACGCUGGGUCCAGCAGACACGUGACAGUCAGAACAAGUCCAAGAUGUCCAGAGUAAUUUCCGUGGACAUUGCUGACCGCUCGCUCCCUGCUCCGACCGAUACCAGUGAUGGUGUAGUGGUUUGUCGGAUCUGUCACGACGACGACUCGGACCAUGCUCUCAUCUCCCCGUGCUUCUGUUCCGGCUCCAUGGGUAUGCUGCACAUGUCCUGCCUGGAACAGUGGCUGGGUACCUCCGAUACCACAAAGUGUGAAAUAUGUCAGUUCCAGUUCUCUAUCAACAAAAAACCCAGGUCCUGUAAAUGGUUUCUGACCAAUAAGAAGCUUGGCCGAGAGAGGCGGUUACUGUUGGCGGAUAUGUGCUGUUGUAUGUGGUACGCGCCGUCUACCAUCGCCACAACGCUGUCCUGUCUGAUCGGCGCCACGCACUUCACCUCCGCCAAGAAGAGCUGGGAGGCCACUAGUCUCAUCCUCCUCGCCACCGUCAACAUGUGUUUUUUCAUGCUCUGGUGUGGGUUUGCAUUUCGCCGAAAUCUGAAGAUAUGCAACAAAUGGAAGGCGACUCACCAAGUGAUCCGUAUAAAGUACAACCCUCCUUCAAAGACAGAUACGAUAGCCUCACAGUCCUCGUACAGGAAGUCCGUUGAUAUCCCUCCGGAAUCGCCGCCGUCUCCAGCAAAGCUAGCAGAGAUGGCACAGCGAGAACGCAUCACAGGAACGCCAUACGGGUCUCCAUGGCCACGACGUCAGUCAAAGUUACAUAGUACGUCCACACCGCGCGUGUCGUCCGCCUACACUAAGCUGAAUGACAGCUCGUGCAGGAUUCCGGAACAAACUCCUAUUAACUUCAUCCGAGAUCACAUGAUGCGAAAAUGGGGACUGUAUUCAAGCCACUCUUCCACGCCUGUCCGCGAGCAUGACAUUACCGCGGUCAGGCAGGAGCGCACGAGACGCAAUCCGGAAUGUCAAGGCGUGCUAUGUAUGACGCCUAUCGUUGCAGACACCAAAGUGACAUGCGACCUUCCCAAACCCAACUCUCCCGUCUGGCAACAAGGAUUGCAGGGGUCACAUCUGUUAAAGGCAGAUCCCGAGUUGGAAGGAAUUAAUACACUAUGAACACACUAGUGUUAAUGACUUAACAUUUUCCGGAAUACAUUCAAUGACAGCGGAAGGUUAGCUAUCAUCUUGCUCCGUUCAAAGGUGUUAUCAUCAGAAUGGAUUUGUGUAUUUAAAACGUGUGAUACGAUACCUGUCUAUAUUAUGAUGUCAUCUUAGUGCUAAUUUCAGACUUGUGAUAUGCGUUUCGAAUAAUGUAUUACUAUGAUUGGUCCACUCAAUUUAUUCUUUUGAAGAUACCUGGACAUUUCAUUAGGUUCAGUCAGACACCCCGAGUGCCUUACGAUAAGCGACUACGCCCGUGCACGUUUACAGACUAAAGUGGGGUAAAAGUAUAGACUGAAAACUGUACGACAUGAAAUGUCUAUAAAGCAUCUCCGAUCGUUUUCGAUCUGACAAAUAAUUGUGAAUUAUAAACAU